GCCGGUUCAAAACUCCGCAGCCUUGUGCAUGGAUGCUGGCAGGGCAUUACAAUGAAGCACGGCUGGACACACUCCCCUGGGCUGACGCAGGGUGGCGGGGCGGAGGAUGGCCAGGCGCCGCGUGUGACAUACAAACGACGGCGCUGGCGAACCGUUCGGCGUGGGUAUCCGUCUUCCAAGUCCACGCAAGUUGUGACCAGCGGGCGCAUCUUCCUGCAAGGCGCAUCUUCACCUCCGCUGUGCGUGCUGUCAUGUGGAAGCGUAGAGCAGCGGGCGCGUCUUCGGCUCCGGCGCACGUCCUCUCCUGUGGCAGCGUACAACGGCGGGCGCUUCUUCGGCUCCAGCGUGCAUGGAUUUGGAUCUGCUGGAGGGUUGAGCAGCGGGCGUGUCUUUGGCGGCUGUGGCAGGCGUCACGCUGUAGAGGCGGAACGAUUCUCAGAGAUGGACGUUCGCGGCUGCGGGCACGGUCUACACGAAGAAGAGAUCGACGCGGUGGCGAUGGCGGUGACUGCCGUCGUCGUCAACACGAUGAGCAGCAUGUCGUCGUCCUCAUGUGACAUGCUGACGCAGCUCCGUAAACGAAGAGCGCUGUUGCGGAGCAUUGCCGAAGCGCCGGAUUGCGUGGCCACGUGUGAGGCAGUCGUUCAGCUGUGCGCCGCACUGUCAUCUGACGUUUUCCCGCGACAGACCCCGCGUUGGUGGACUAGACGACGGACUGGCGGAACAUGGGAGGACCUCCGCCUGUGUGAUGACGCGACGGACGAGUACUACCGGCAGAAGUUGCGCAUGUCGAUGGGCAUGUUCAGGCAGAUUGUAGUCGCGUGCGCCGCGUAUGUGGAGAAGAAGGUCACGCACUAUAGGAUGCCAUUGCCAGUGGAGCAGGUGAUCACUUUUGCGUUGUACAGGUGGGCGUCAGGAGAGACGUACGAGAGCGGCACGUCAGCCUUCGGCAUCGGCAGGGCAACUGGACUGCAGGCCGUCCGCGACGUCACUUCGGCGCUGCUGCAAGCGUACCCCGACGCGAUAAUGUGGCCAAUGGGCCGUAGACGUGCACAGAUUCUGCGCGCUUUCCGUGACAAGGGUUUACCGAACUGCUUCGACGCAAUCGACUGUACACACAUCUACAUUGACUAGCCCGCCGGCGAACUACUACGAACGCAGACUGAAGUUCUCCGUGCAGACGCAGGUGGUGGUGGAUUUGGAUCUGCGGAUCCUCGACGUC